CAAACUCAUCUCCCACCCUCAUCCCGCCUAUUCACCUCUCAUUUCUCUUCUCCCUCUCUCUCGCUCUAUUUCUCCUCAUUUUCAAUUUUCCCCUCUCUCCCUUCCUCUCUCUCUCUUCUCUCUCUCUCUCUCUCUUUCCACUUCCCCAUUUCCCCUUUAACUCCUCAACCUUUUCCGCUUCCUCCGAUCACCCCUUUUCUAGAGCCCCUUAUCUUCCACGAAAACGCACGCCAGUGCCGGCGGUGCCUCCUCCCUACAUCAUAGCUUGGUUCCGUUCAGCGAACCGCUGUCCUAAGCUAUCGCUAGUCUUGACGAAUUUGUCGACGCAUCUGCGAGAAGUAACAGUUUUUCCAACCUUCCGAUUUAGCAAUCAACAACGGAACAACAAUCAUGGCCCCCACGAAGAAGCAGCUCCUUCAGGAUGAGUGCAAGCAUCUUGGACUCUCCUCUUCGGGGACAGUUCUUAACCUCACCGAGCGCAUAGAUAACCAUAAGAAAUCUAAGCUGAUUUCGUCAGAGGAUGAGCAUCUAAUGUGUGAUGCAAUACUGGUCACCAAAUCCACGGUCGGUGAGGAUGAUGAUAUGAAGACGGAGGCUAAAGAAGCGUUCGAGAAGGAACUACAAAAAGAGGAACUCGAGGUCGAUCGUGUGAGGGGAGAGGUUUGUGUUGGCAAUCGCCGCGGGCUUAAUCUCGCCGGUAUGAAGGCAAAGCUCGAUAUGCAUGAGAGCAAGAUCGAUUUGCUUGAAACCCGAACCAAGGACCUCGAAAGCGAGGCCAAAGAGCUGAGAGCUCGUGUGACCACAUUGUCGCUUGCUGCACAGGACUAUAAACAGGUGCGACGGAGGUUUAUUUCCACCUUCAAGCGGGUUAAACUACCGGACCAGAUGGAGGAGUCGGACUAUGAUAUUAUUCGAGAUGGUAAUUCAAUAGCACACGGAGGCGACGCUGCAGUAGACGCCUUGUUGUACGAGGGCAUCGGGGGGAGGAAGGAUAUAUAUGCGUUCCAGCAACUGUACGGAUUACACCCGUCCGAUGUUAGAAGGAUUAGUGAGUAACCCUCGCUUUCUCAUACGGGUACCUCAAAUUAAGUAUUAAGGCUAACUUCUCCAGCGCACCACGAGACACUGAGCGUCCUGGACAUUCACGCGGGGGUCCGGGCCGAUGAGCGAAAAACUGGGACUGACGAGUUCUAUCAGAAAUUCGCAGAUUUUAUCCUCGCAUUCCAAAAGUCCAAUUUAAAUACGGACUUUUUAAUUGGCGAGUCUGCGAACCCAACUCGGGCCGCCUACGGGGCACUGCUUAAGUGCCAAAAAUACAAGGAUGGUGAAUAAGGUAUGAUGAGAGGCGUCCUGCGAGGGAGACGGUAGUACUACUUUCUGCCAUACUGACAGUGGGUUUUUGGCAGGGACCAAGGGCGCAUGUCUCUUUUUUUUAUUUUUUUUUAUUUUUAAUCGGUAG